UCAGUGUGUGGACUCUGUUACCCAGAAGGCCUUGCACAGCGCCCGAAGCUGGAAUUCCUUGGGUAGUCGGGCUUGCAAUUAGCGGAACUUGUUGGUGUUGCCCUGAAGGCUCAUCCGAGCUGCACGCGGCUAGUUGCUAAGCAAAAGAAAUCUUUGAUCAACUGCCACCUGAGUCAAAGCAACAGGAACCCUACAUCAUGCCUCAUAUUGAUAAUGAUGUGAAACUGGACUUCAAGGAUGUCCUGUUGAGGCCCAAACGCAGCACUCUUAAGUCUCGAAGUGAGGUAGAUCUCACAAGGUCCUUCUCAUUCCGGAACUCAAAGCAGAUAUACAAUGGCAUUCCCAUCAUUGCUGCCAAUAUGGAUACCGUGGGGACUUUCGAAAUGGCUAGGGUUCUCUGUAAGUUCUCUCUCUUCACUGCCGUCCAUAAGCACUACAGCAUCCGUCAGUGGGAAGAGUUUGCCGGCCAGAAUCCUGACUGUCUUGAGCAUCUAGCCGCCAGCUCUGGCACAGGCUCUGCUGACUUUGAGCAGCUGGAACAGAUCCUGGAAGCUAUUCCCCAAGUGAAAUAUAUAUGCCUGGAUGUGGCUAAUGGCUAUUCUGAACAUUUUGUUGAAUUUGUAAAGGAUGUACGGAAGCGUUUCCCCCAACACACCAUCAUGGCAGGAAAUGUGGUAACAGGAGAGAUGGUAGAAGAACUCAUCCUCUCUGGGGCUGACAUCAUCAAAGUGGGAAUUGGUCCUGGUAAGCUGGCUCCCUGGGCCACUGUCCGUCUGCCCCGCUGGUGGAACAUGGGACACUUCUCUCAAUCGUUCACGUUCUUCCCAGGCUCUGUUUGUACAACUCGGAAGAAAACUGGAGUGGGGUACCCACAGCUCAGUGCGGUGAUGGAGUGUGCAGAUGCUGCUCAUGGCCUCAGAGGCCAUAUCAUUUCAGAUGGAGGCUGCAGCUGUCCUGGAGACGUGGCAAAGGCUUUUGGGGCAGGGGCUGACUUUGUGAUGCUGGGUGGCAUGCUGGCUGGGCACAGUGAAUCAGGUGGCGAACUCAUUGAAAGGGAUGGCAAGAAGUACAAGCUCUUCUACGGAAUGAGUUCUGAAAUGGCGAUGAAGAAAUAUUCAGGAGGUGUGGCUGAGUACAGGGCCUCAGAGGGAAAGACAGUAGAAGUUCCCUUUAAAGGGGACGUGGAACAUACUAUUCGUGACAUCCUAGGAGGCAUCCGGUCUACAUGCACAUAUGUAGGAGCUGCUAAGCUGAAGGAAUUAAGUCGGAGAACUACCUUUAUCCGAGUCACCCAGCAAGUGAAUCCAAUCUUCAGCGAUUCCAGAUAGACUGGAGAAGUCUACUUUCCCAAAGCAGCAACACUCUACCACUGGGGCCUUCCAGAGGGGCUUCUCACCCAUCCCAGCUACUGUGGCUGUGUGUUAUUUAAUCCAGUUCCUAUCAUCUCACUCCUGAGUGCUCCUGAAGUCACUUACGCUUUCUACAUACACACGAAAUGCUAAGGGCUCUCACUGGGGAAGAGGCAAGGAAGAAGAUGCGAUAUCAACAAAUGGCAAUCUGGGGACAGCAUCCUGAAGACUAGGAGGAAAGAUCUGAUUGGUACAUAAAUGACAGGCCUUGGUCUGGAAAAGGAAGGCUUUUAGAAUCAUGUUAAUCAGCUUCAUUAAAUGAGGUCAUCAAAUACCUAAA